AUGGCAAAAGACGAGCCGCACACAACCAUGUUCCAUCUCACUUGCAAAAUGGGAAAACUUACACUGAAGCUUGCGUGCUCGGCAUUCGCUCCCAGCUCAACACAACACAAACGACAUGCUCAGGUCUUCGCAGAAGUACGCACUGCAAUGGAGGGCCUGGAGAAGCACUUUGCAUCUGCAGCUGAAGGAACGGCAUCGGCCGCAGCACCUGAAGCACCGGUACCAGAAGACGGCGCUGCGGCAGAAGGCGGUCUAGACGGCAGUGGAGAUGUCAAAGGUGGUAGCAGCAAUGGAAAACAAUCCGACAACACGAGUUCCAGGGCGACAGGCAGGUCGGGCAGAGUGGUCCGCAAGAAGAGAACCUCCCUCACUCACUUGGGAAGGAUCGAGGAAGACGUCCAAUCGUCAAGCGGUACUCCAAGAGAAUCAGUGGCAAACUUGGAAACCGAAAGCAUAGCAAGCCCGAGACCCUCACUUAUGAUCAUCCCCCCCACCGCACCGAUAACAGGUCCAUGGAGCGAUGCUACAGCAUGGGAGGAUAAAGGGAAAGCCACAGCCACCUCGUCAGACCCACCAUCGAGACCCCACGACCGAAGUACUCACAGCGCAAUCGCCUCUUCCUCAAGUCGUCCAAGGCAAAGAACGCACUCAAACAACGUCCAAUUCGUUCUCCCCACCCGCACCCGAAAUAACACCUUCCCCACUGCAACACCCGCCCGCGGUCCCAGGAGACCAGUCGCAAACGCCCCCAACCCCAACCCAUCCGUCCUAUAUUCCGAACGCCCAGCAGGAGCAGGCAAUACCAUUGUAAGACCCGAAUCCACACUCGACAGUAUGGCCAAUUUCGCGCUAGUAGAUACCCAGGAGAUCAUCACUGUAGCUAUGGAUGUGGCUGAGGGUAUGCCGCAGACGCAGAAUGUACUGGAACCGGAUCCGUGCCAGGAACACGCUAUUUCUAAUCCGUUGGUUCGGCGGGGGUAG